AUGAUGGAGAAAAAGUGUAUCCUGUAUUUUUUGUUCCUUUUGCCUUUUUUUAUGCAACAGGACUCCUGUUUCCUCAGCUCACGCCCUCCACCGAGUGUGUCCGUGAGCUGCACAGAACGUGGGUUCCCUGUUGGAGUUUACUGCAACAGAACCUGGGAUGGAUGGCUAUGCUGGAAUGAUGUUGCGGCAGGAACCGAAUCAAUGCAGCUCUGCCCUGAUUACUUUCAAGACUUCGAUCCCUCAGAAAAAGUUACAAAGAUCUGUGACCAAGAUGGAAACUGGUUUAGACAUCCAGCAAGCAACAGAACAUGGACGAAUUAUACCCAGUGUACUGUGAACACACAUGAGAAAGUAAAGACUGCACUGAAUUUGUUUUACCUGACUAUUAUUGGACAUGGAUUAUCUAUUGCAUCACUGCUUGUAUCACUUGGAAUUUUCUUUUAUUUCAAGAGCCUAAGUUGCCAAAGGAUUACCUUGCACAAGAAUCUGUUCUUCUCUUUCGUUUGUAACUCUGUUGUCACAAUCAUUCACUUCACUGCCGUGGCCAACAACCAGGCCUUAGUAGCCACAAAUCCUGUUAGUUGCAAAGUGUCCCAGUUCAUUCAUCUUUACCUGAUGGGCUGUAAUUACUUUUGGAUGCUCUGUGAAGGCAUUUACCUACACACACUCAUCGUGGUGGCCGUGUUUGCAGAGAAGCAACACUUGAUGUGGUAUUAUUUUCUUGGCUGGGGAUUUCCACUGAUUCCCGCUUGCAUUCAUGCCAUUGCCAGAAGCUUAUAUUACAAUGACAAUUGCUGGAUCAGUUCUGAUACCCAUCUCCUCUACAUCAUCCAUGGCCCAAUUUGUGCUGCUUUACUGGUAUCUAAUGGAUUGCUUUUGUUCUUUCUGUUUCUUUUUGAUUAACAGGUUCAAGCAAUUCUGAGAAGAAACUGGAAUCAAUACAAAAUCCAAUUUGGAAACAGUUUUUCCCACUCAGAUGCUCUCCGUAGUGCAUCUUACACAGUGUCAACAAUCAGUGACAUUCCAGGUUAUAGUCAUGACUGUCCUAGUGAACACUUAAAUGGGAAAAGCUUCCAUGAUGUUGAAAAUGUUAUCUUAAAACCAGAAAAGUUAUAUGAUUGAAAAUAGAGAGAUCCUUGCCUAACUGUUUGUGCCA